AUUAUUAAUGGCGUUCAAUAUGUCCAACACAUUAAGCAUCUUAUUUUUUCUGUGGUUAGGAGUGAGCUAUACGUACGGAUACGGGAGUAAUGGGUGUCAAGAUAUCGAUGAUCUACUGUCAGACGUAUACCGUUUGGGUGACACUCAGCGCCUGUGGCCCGAAGAAGACGAGGAGUUUCAACAGUACUGU